UUCAUAGCUCCGAGAUGACAUCACUGAUAUAUCCACCCUUUCCAAAUGCGUCACAUUCCUUGAAAAUGUACUCACAGCUUGGAACAUCAAUCGAUCCUGCGAUACAGAGUCCAGAAGCGAUCUGCUGCCCGUGAUGGACUGCCUCUUUCAAUAGAUACUGCCAGCUAGUUCCACGCGUCCUUGACGGCCAUUGAACACCCGUGUUGCGUCCUAUAAUCCUCCCAACACAUCAGUCUCAGUGUUGCUUCCCAUGCAUUUAGAAUUAGUCGCUGUAUGGUUCUGCAUCAACAGUCUCACAUCUUCGGGGACGAAUAUUACCUACAAAAAAUUGUCGUAGUAGCCAAGCAUCCGUCAAGCUGCUGCAGGACUAUGACUGACUCAAACUAUGCACCACCAACUGCGGAGGACAUAUUUCGCUACCGAUAUCAGCAUGGUACCAAUCUAGGCUCUAUGUUUGUGCAUGGGCCUUGGUUAAGUGAUGGAGCAUCCAGUAGUGACUCCGGAAGCUCCAAGGAGCUCGAAGAGGUAAAAAGGUCGCUCAAGGCUUGCGGACUCGAGGAAACCCGCUUGAAAUGGGAAGCACACUGGCGGACUUCCCUGACCGACUUUGACAUCAUAUGGCUCAAAGAUGUGGCACGGUGCAAUUCAAUACGAAUCCCGAUAGGCUUUUUUACCCUUGGGCCAGUCUUCUGUACGGGGACAGAUUUCGAAGGCGCCGCAUCGGAGGUGUACGUUAAUUGCUGGAAUAUCCUGAAACGUCUCAUCGAGAAAUGCUACCACCAUGGUAUCGGAGUCCUCAUUGAUUUUCAGAUCAUUCCAGGUAGUAUGGACCGGAACAGCCACAGUGAGAUUGGGAUUGCUGACUUCUGCGCGAGUGAGCGCAGUUGGACGAUGGCCACGGACUGCGUCACUUUUAUUGUCCAAGAAGUUACGUAUCAUGCGAUGGCUGGGGUGAUCGGAGUUCAAAUAUCUAGCGAAACGGACUGGAAAACCUGCGAUCUUCGGAAAUGGUACGAUGAAGUUCUCGAAAUCACGAGCUGUGUCAACCCAUCCCUACCCAUCUACAUCAGUGACGGUGGAAAUUUCGCCGAGGCGUUGGACUAUGCUUUGAGGAAAAACAGACUUGAGAGCCCUGUAGCCAGGAGUCCGAUUAUCGUGGAUACCCACAAGUAUUACACGACGGGAUCAUAUCAGCACAUGGACCCCAGGGCUAUCAUCUCACGGCUUCACAGCGAGCUCUCUGAACUUUCAACUCGUCAAGGCAAAGUAGGCUCUCAUCGAACUGCAGUCGAUGCCUACAUCGGACAAUACAGCUGCGCGAUGGAUGCACAAACCUGGGCCCGCGUGGAUGCGGCCGAGAGGCCGGCCUUAACCAAGACCUUCGGUCAAGAACAGAGCAAACAGUGGGAGUCCAAGACAUGCGGAUCCGCCUUCGUGGGCUAUAAAAUACACCGGAUAACCGGUGAUGAGUGGGACUUUGAGCGGCAAGUCAGUACUGAUGCUAUACCGCCUCCUUCAUGGCUCGCCAUUCCCCGAGCACAAGUUAUCAGUAAAAUUGCACAGGCUGAGACCCAGCGAUUGCAGUCCCGAGAGUCUGCUUUAUCGCAACACUCGGACUCACCGAAUACUCGCGAGCACCAACAGUAUGCCCUCGGCUGGGACCUUGGAUUCAAUGAUGCGUUGAACUUCUUCGGUGCAUUAUCACGAGACGUUCUUACUGGCGGCUGGAACGGAGGAGAGAAAAUCGGGGCAGUGGAGCUGUGGGUACGAAAACGAUUCGCUGACACCGGAAAGUUGAAUGAGGACUUUGCUGAGGAAUGGGAGAAUGGCUUCAGGAAGGGCGUCAGCGAUUUCUACGACUUAGUCGGUAUCAAUACCAACAGUGUUCAUUGAGAUACAGUAAUGUGAUGGAUGCUACGAUGCUGAAUAAAUUCAUGCUCUUACCAAUGUCGUGAUCAACUGCAUACUAUCAAUGUUCCUCGGGCGAACUUACUAGCAAGCCAAAUUAUUCGUGGAUAGUAGCACUUUAUACC